AUGAGAGAUCUUGCAGCUGCUAUAGAUAGAAUGGAAAAGUAUAAUUUUGAUAAAAUGAUCUAUGUGACAGAUAAAGGGCAAAAAAAGCAUUUUCAGCAAGUGUUCCAGAUGCUGCAGAUUAUGGGAUAUGACUGGGCAGAAAGGUGCCAGCACGUGCCCUUUGGCGUAGUGCAGGGAAUGAAAACUCGGAGAGGAGAUGUUACUUUUCUGGAAGAUGUUCUAAAUGAGAUUCGAUUGAGGAUGCUACAGAACAUGGCUUCUAUUAAGACGACCAAAGAGCUGGAGAAUCCCCAGGAGACAGCAGAGCAAGUGGGACUUGCAGCCCUCAUCAUUCAGGACUUCAGAGGUUUCCUGCUGUCUGACUAUCAGUUCAGCUGGGAUCGGGUUUUCCAGAGCCGCGGGGACACGGGAGUCUUCCUGCAGUACACACACGCCCGCCUCCACAGUCUGGAAGAGACUUUUGGAUGCGGUUAUCUCAAUGACUUCAACACUGCCUGCUUACAGGAGCCACAAUCUGUUUCCAUUCUCCAGCAUCUUCUCAGGUUCGACGAGGUACUUUAUAGGUCAUCUCAAGACCUUCAGCCCAGGCACAUUGUCAGCUACCUUCUAACUCUAAGUCACCUCGCUGCGGUGGCACACAGAACACUACACAUCAGAAACAGUCCUCCUGAGGUGGCCGGGGCCAGACUUCACCUUUUCAGAGCUGUCCGCUCAGUCUUAGCCAACGGAAUGAAACUUCUUGGAAUAACACCCGUAUGUAGAAUGUAAUUUCUAAUUAAAUUGCUUUUAAAAUACUAAAUUCUAGUUAUCUAUUCUUAUAU